AUGUUCAGCGAAUUCAUCGGCACUGUUUUGUUCUUGUGGUUCGCUUUCGCUGGUACACAAGCCGCUGCUCAGAUCAGCCCUGAAAUGACCCCCCAAAGACUGGUUUUCAUAUGUCUUAGCUUUGGAAUGAGUUUGCUGGUCAGUGUAUGGGCACACUAUAGGAUAUCAGGAGGGCUCUUCAAUCCUGCCGUUACUCUCGCCCUUGUGAUUACCAAGAACAUGCCGUGGUUACGAGGGAUCCUACUCCUUCCUGCUCAGAUCCUUGCCGGAAUCGUUGCUGCAGCUCUCGUUCAAUGCAUGUUUCCAGGUCCAAUCGCAACAGUUACUACACUAUCACUUGGAACUUCAGUCGCCCAGGGCAUCUUCAUCGAGGCAUUCGGAACCGCACUACUCGUGUUUACCAUCCUCAUGCUUGCAGCCGAAAAGCACGAAGCCACUCCCAUUGCACCGGUUGGUAUUGGUCUAGCACUUUUCGUGGCCGAACUAGCCUGUGUCCUCUAUACUGGUGGUGCGGUCAAUCCAGCGAGAGCAUUGGGACCAAGCGUCGUUGCGCCUGACUUUCCAGGCUACCAUUACAUCUACUGGGUUGGACCUUUAAUUGGAUCCUUGAUGGCUUCAGGAUAUUAUGGAUGGUGCCGAUCUGUCAAUUACUGGGAAGUUAACCCAGGUCAAGAUGCAAAGCGCCAGUAA